AAGCACCCUCGCUUUCCUUCAGUCUCGCUUUCCAAGGGCUCUCCCUCUUGCUGCGGUGGUUUCUUCCCGGCUCCAUCGAACUACCAUCCUUUCUGGUGUGCGGACGACGGGGGAGUCCAUCCCCUCCGGAGCCGCCAUUCCGCCAUCGCCGGGCCUGUCAGCCGUCCCGACGGUCAUCUAACAGCCCCUUCCCUCUUGCUGCAGAGCAGCUGGUUGCGUCGGUUGCCAAGCCUGGGCUCCUGGCCCAGGUAGCAGGAUCAAAAUAAGCUAUUUCGGGCUCCAGUGCGGCCCACGGGGGCAGCCUGGACUGUUCGUGCUCGCGCCCCCUGGCCGCUGCGCCCCCGAGGCUGAGUCAGAGGCACAGAAUUAGGCCCGGCUGCCGGGGCCCUGGGCCCAAGGCCUGGCGGAGGACGAGCAUAGGGUCUGUUUUGUGUCCUGCUGACAGCCUGGCCUGGCCACUGCAUUUUCCAGGAAUCUGCUCCUAAGCCCUCCAUCUGCGUCAUCCUCAGAGCUGCCAGAGGGGCGGGAGUGGAUUAAAGGGCCUGGAAAUUCUUCAGUGGGGCUCUGAGGCCCUGGGGCCCAGCUGCCGCGCUGUGCUCCCCACACCCGCAUGACUCUGCCCCCUCAACCUUCGUUUCCCCUUCAGGAAACCGGGGAAUCUUAACGACACCUUCCUGGCAGACUUUGCCACGCAUCCAGCAGGCGCUUAAUAAAUGGCCAAGUCAUUGUUGGGGUUUCUAUAUAAGGCUCUCUUAAUGGCCGGGUCUGGCCACCGUCCCAGUGUCCCCGGGCGGCCCCCCCAGGGGCCGGCACAGGGCGCACUAUAAAUCGGCGUCUGCGCAGGCAGGGGCACUGCAGCGCCCAGGACCGCAGCGGCGGAGCGAUGGAGAUCCCGGUGCCUGUACAGCCGUCCUGGCUGCGCCGAGCCUCCGCCCCGGUGCCCGGAGUUUCGGCGCCCGGACGCCUCUUUGACCAGCGCUUUGGCGAGGGGCUGCUCGAGGCCGAGCUGGCUGCGCUCUGCCCCACCUCUCUCGCCCCCUACUACCUGCGCGCACCCAGCGUGGCGCUGCCGGUCGCCCAGGUGCCGACCGACCCGGGGCAUUUCUCCGUGCUGCUGGACGUGAAGCACUUCUCCCCAGAGGAAAUAGCUGUCAAGGUGGUUGGCGAACACGUGGAAGUGCAUGCGCGCCACGAGGAGCGCCCGGUGAGCCAGCAGGAUGAGCACGGAUUCAUAGCGCGAGAGUUCCACCGCCGCUACCGCCUGCCGCCCGGCGUGGAUCCGGCUGCCGUAACGUCCGCGCUGUCCCCCGAGGGCGUCCUGUCCAUCCAGGCCGCACCGGCGUCCGCCCAGGCCCCACAGCCGCCACCGGCUGCCGCCAAGUAGGGGUUUGGGAGCUCCUGAAUCCUGGGAGCCGCCCUGGGCUCCCUCUUUUAGAGCCGAUCUGACUCCACCCAGCCAGACGUCCCGAGCGCGCCAACGCCUUCCUCCCACCCAAGGCCGGAUAGUGCCCUGACCCCUCCACCCUAGACCCUGCCUUGAUAACCUACCCUUCCACAGACACCCCUGCUUGCACACCCCUUCCAGUCUUCAGACCCCACCCCGACCCCUCCC